AUGUCAGGGCAAACACUCUCACAACAACUCAAAUUACUCCAUUCAGAGACUCUUGGACAAGAGGAUCAGGUCGACGUGGACGAGACUGCCGAUUUAGAUGGAUUGGUGAAUGAUGGAGAGAGCAGGAGGGAACAUUAUGUCGAUGUCGGACCUUCCAAGUUACGUGCUGAGGUAUCGCAGACGUUGCUGGGGGCAAGGUAUGCGGGGAAGAAGGCUAGCAGGGUGAGGAUAUUCGAUGAUGAUGAUGAUGAAGAAGAGAAGGGAGAUGACGAUGUGGAGGACGGUGAAGAAGAAGAAGAAGGGUCAGGGGAUGAACAAGAGGACGAGGAGGAAGAUGACGAAAAUGCAGAAGAUGAUGAUGACGAGGGCUUUGAUGAAGACGAAGAUAACGAAGAAGAUAGUGAAGGGGAGGAUGAUGGUGAUGAGGAAAACGAAGAAGAUGAGGAGGAGGAUGUGGAAGAGGAAGGAAAAGCCAGGAAACAACUUGAUCCUAUCGCUUCCCUUCGGGAAUCACGUUUGAAGGAUAUCGAGAAAGGUCGAGGCAUACGACGGCAAAAGGCACUCUUUGACCAGCUCAUCACACUUCGUAUCACCUUACAAAAAGCCUUUUCAUCCGCUUACAAACUCCCGUCCUCCCUGUCAACUUCCACCGACGAAGAGGUGAAAUUCAAACGGGAUGAAGCCUUGGAAGGUCUGAUAAAUCUCAGCGAGGAUUUGUUCACUAUAAGGGAGAAACUUUCACUACCAGGUGCUGAAGUUCCAAAUUUGGGCAAGCGGAAGAGAGACGAAGAAUAUUGGUUUGAUGCAGCUCGACAAUCCUUAGCUCACCCACAUGUAGUGCCCAUCCUGUCGAAAUGGGCUACGAAGAUACAUGCUGCUUCUCAAGGAUUGAAAGUGAACAAGUUCAGCCAGUCAUCUACUGCAGAUGUGUUCGAAGUUAUUGAUGCCGGCUUAGCUGCGAAGAGAGAAUCUGAGCAAACUUUUGAAGAAGGUGAAGAGUGGGGAUAUAGGGCGUUAUUGAGAGAAGUUAUAGAUAGUCGGCAAGGCGGAGGAGAGGGUUUAUCAAUGUUACGGAAAGAGAAGAAGAAAAAGCGAGAAGCAGAUCGUGGAGGGAGUAAAGGUAGAAAAUUGAGGUAUACCGUUCAUGAAAAAGCUCAGAAUUUCGUGGUGCCUAUACCACUUUCCAGGGCAUGGCACGAGGAACAAAUCGAAGAGCUUUUCUCAAGUCUGUUCGGCGGAGCAGGAUUGAAAGGUGCGGUAUCUCGAGCCAAUCCUGUUACUCAGGGGAAUGAUGAAGGUGUGGCGAAUUUAGGAGGGUUGAGAGUAUUUUGA